AUGAUCACAUACCACCAUGGACGAUGGGGAAUGCAAGUGCUUUGCAAACUUCGAGGUUCCGUGGUUCCAAAAGCAAUGGUGUGGUCAUUGCCGUGCAGCGCACUGACCGUCUUGAUCCACAUUCUCUGGAGGGACACCAUGAUCGAGUACUUCGAGAAUUCUUCCGGUUUGGACAGCAUUUGGUCGGGGUACACCUUUAUCCUGGGGUUCCUGAUCGUGUUCCGAAGUAACCAAGCUUACUCACGCUUUUGGGAAAGUGUCUCGCUCACACACAAGAUCCGGGGCGAGUGGACCAGUGCUUUCAGCAGCCUCCUAGGUUUCUGCACAAAGAGUGAGGAGCACAAAGAAGCGAUUGACCACUUCCGCGAAUAUCUGCUGAGAUUGAUGAGCCCGCUGCAUUGCUACGCUCUUCAUGAGGUGGCAGAGUUAAACGACGAGAACAUUGAGGUGGUGGACCUUGCUGGCUUGAGCGCAAGCAGCGUGGAAUACUUGCACGCCAGUCCAGACAGGUGCGAAACAGUGAUGCUGUGGAUCGAGCGCCUCAUCGUAGAGACCGAAAAGAAGAAGCUCUUCGACGUAGCACCACCAGUGCUUUCCAGAGCUUUUCAGGAGCUGUCGAAUGGGAUGGUUAACGUGGCAGAGCUGCGGAAGAUUGUGGAGGUGCCAUUUCCAUUUCCCUACUCGCAGUACCUAUCCUUCAUGCUGGUCCUGCACUGGAUCGUGAGCCCCCUGGUCGUCGUCCAGCUUAUUUCUGAGUGGUCGUGGGCUGGCGGCACCGUUUGGUUGAUCUCAACUUCUUACUGGACCUUGUUCUACAUCGCCCAGGAGAUUGACCAGCCAUUCGGCCAGGACUACAAUGAUCUGCCUGUGGUGGAGAUACAGCAGAAGUUCAACCAGAGCCUGAUGCACCUGGCCUCGCCAGACACCUACAUGUUACCGGACUUCAUAGCGGAGAUGUCAAACCGACGUACGGUCUGCAUGAGAACUUCAAGGUCGAGUCUCAGGACAACGGCAUCGAAUCGUGAAGCUUUCAUCCAAUCGCCUGCACCUUCUGCGGUGGAGAUCGUAAUUGACGACGAGGUCUCUAGCACGCACUUGGCUGAACUUGCUGAAGAGCCUGCUGCAGAUGCAAUCCCUGUGACCCCACAGAGCACCAAGAUCAUUCUUGGUCCAAGAGCCAUUGAGGUGGCAGCUCGCAGAGAUAUCUCCAUCAACGAGCCCGUCCAGCUACAACAGCUGAAGAGUAUCCUCCGCGAGCUAGCGCCACCAACGUGGAGCUCUGAGGAUCUGGACUCCUUUGUUGACCUUGCUGGCGCCCAUAGGCAACUUAUGUGGAGGCACUUGGAGAGCGCAGCUGUCCCGCAAGAGAUGCCGGUGGAAUCUGGAGAUCAGAAGCUGUCUCUGACGGAGUUGACGACCUGCCUCAAAGACUUAGCAUCCAAAGCCCGACGCAACUCCACGGAACUGCAGGAGGCGACUUUGCGUGAGCGAGCUUUGGAACAGGGCAGCCAGCUGCUUGCCCUGAGUCAACUGCUGACCGGCACCUCGAGACGGCCCGUGACCGUUGCCGAGUCUUCACCUGCUGAGACAAGUGAUGCUUCCAGAUCCUAG